ACAGCCUCUCCCCACCGCUCUCCCACCCCUCUCCCUGCCUCUCACCCUCUCACCCUCUCCCGGACCCCUCACCCUUUUGUGGGCCCCCCCUCCGCCCAGCCAGUGCCCUUUUAAGAGGCCGCGGCGCGGUGCUAUAAAGCCCGGCCGGCGGCGGCCGCGGGGACAGUGGGGGCGCGGCAGCGGCGGUGACAGCAGCGGCCCCGGCCCCGUCCGCAGCCAUGGACUUCAACGUGAAGAAGCUGGCGUCCGAUGCGGGAGUCUUCUUCUCCCGAGCCAUGCAGUUUACAGAAGAAAAGUUGGGCCAGGCUGAGAAGACCGAAUUGGAUGCCCACUUUGAAAACCUCCUGGCCAGGGCAGACUCGACGAAGAACUGGACAGAGAAGAUCUUGCGCCAGACUGAGGUCCUGCUGCAGCCAAACCCCAGUGCCAGAGUAGAAGAAUUCCUCUACGAGAAACUCGACCGCAAGGUGCCCUCCCGGGUCACCAACGGGGAGCUGCUGGCACAGUACAUGACAGAGGCAGCCAACGACUUCGGACCGGGGACACCUUACGGGAAGACCUUGAUAAAAGUUGGAGAGACUCAGAGGCGCUUAGGUGCAGCGGAACGGGACUUCAUCCACUCUGCCUCCAUCAACUUCCUGACCCCACUGCGCAACUUCCUGGAAGGGGACUGGAGAACCAUUUCUAAAGAACGGAGGAUCCUGCAGAACUGCCGCCUGGAUCUGGAUGCCUGCAAAGCCAGGCUGAAGAAAGCCAAAGCUGCCGAGGCAAAAGCAGCGUGUGAGGGAGAUGCUGUGCCUGACUUUCAGGAGACUAGACCUCGUAAUUACAUUCUCUCCGCCAGCGCAUCAGCGCUUUGGAGCGACGAGGUGGAAAAAGCAGAACACGAGCUGAGGCUCACUCAGACCGAGUUCGACCGCCAGGCAGAGGUGACCCGGCUCCUGCUGGAGGGGAUCAGCAGCACCCACGUGAAUCACCUCCGCUGCCUCCAUGAGUUCGUGGAGUCCCAGACCAACUACUACGCCCAGUGCUACCAGUACAUGCUGGACCUGCAGAAGCAGCUGGGCAGCUCCAAAGGAGAAAUAUUUUCAGGCACCUUCGUAGGGAACGCAGAAUCCUCAUCUCCUCCCCCAGCUGCUACCUCUCCGCCAGCUGUCGGUGCUGCCACUCUCCCUGCCGUGCCCACCAUCCCGGUUGUGCCCACAAUUGUCGGGGUGCCCAACACCGUGGCAGAGAGCGUACUGAACCCCAAUGAAGUCAAGCCUCCUGCCAGCGGCACGCGGAAGGCCAGAGUCCUGUAUGAUUACGAAGCAGCUGACAGCAGUGAGCUGGCACUCCUUGCAGACGAGAUGAUCACUGUGUACAGCCUGCCAGGCAUGGACCCAGACUGGCUCAUAGGGGAAAGAGGGAACCAGAAGGGGAAAGUUCCUGUCACUUACUUGGAACUGUUAAGUUAAAUGUCUCCGGGACGCAGAAUGUACACGCGGAAUGCACCCCUCAUCUCCUGGCACUUCUAAUGCGGAUUUCUUCAUCAGAGCCCAUUGCUCUCGUCAGGGCUGACACUCCAUUGCUAACAUGGGAAUUGCGGGAAAGAAGUGGUAAAACUAUGACAGGUUUUGGGAAAGGGCUAACGGCACCCGCGACUGAAUUCAUUAACGACCAGUGCAGCCUGCUUUGAGGUUAGUCUUGUUGGCGCAAGAUUCCUUGAUUACUUUUUCUACCCUGCCCUAGUCUUGUUUAUCACAGUGGCUUUCCCAGGGCCAGCAAACUGUCUCCUUCAGCAGCUGCUCAUGGAGUUUAAGUUAAUUUCCCUUGUGUUUGGUGUGGGUUAGUGCCUGUCUGCCCCUCCCAUCCUCUCUGUUCUUCAGCAGUAGAAUUGCCUGAGUCAAACCAUCAAGCACUCCGCUGGGGAAGCGUCCCGCACGAUCCCUCUGAGAUAGUCUGGCUCUUAAGGCAAAAAGCUGAAUUUAAGAAUUAAGAGCUGGUUAAACCCAGCUGGGAUGCCAGUAACGCGAGGCUUUCUAGGAGCCAUGCUUACUGCAGCACUGCCUGACGGCUUCCAUCUAGAACUGUCCUGUGAAGCUGGAAGGAAAUCCCUCAGUCGAGACCAACCUAAUAACACAGAGCCUGUAUGUCAAAAAAUGAAACCUCAGUACAAGGGACCAUGCAUCUUGCUUGCAUUUCCUCCGAGAAACUGCUCUUGGACUGCAAAGAGUUUACAAGCCUUUUUACAAGCUUUGCUCCCUGUGUUAAUUGUCCAGGCUUUUCUUUCAGUGCAUCUGUUCCAGGCAUGUUUUAGCCUGACCUUAUUUUCACCCGAGAUCACUGAUUUAACUAAUACCUUCCCCUCCCGUCUCCGCAGUGAACAGACUUGGUGCAUCGCAGUACAGGAAGGAGUAGCCCCACUUGCUGUUAUCUCCAACGAGCCACAUCCACAUCUAAACAAUUCAGGCUGCCCUUGGUGUGUGUGGUGGGGUAGCUCGAAGGGAGCGGUCAGGCGUGUAUGCAUUUUAAUCCUAUGAUGCUCUUUUUAGCUAGAGCUCCACUAAGGGACUGCUGUUGCUGUGUAAGUAGUUUCCCACUCAAGCUGGCUCGAAGAGAAACUCACCGGCACCAGGUUCUCUGUUCACUCCCUCCCCUUCGGUAUGUCAGAACUACCCUUGCUUGUUUAUUGAUCUUUUUGCACUUUCCCCCACUGGUAUUGUGACCACUCUAAUGUAACAGGGCACUGAGCGCCUGUGUAUGUAGGGCUCAUGGUUUUCUGCACUUAUUUGCCAAUAAACAAACUGCCUGACC